UUACUACUAAUCACAUACUAGUUCUUCAAUCUCUCCACAUUUCUGAUCAAUGACUUCGAAAUUAGUGACUUCCAACCUUUUCUUUAUGGCAUUAGAAAUAGUAAUAAUGCUGGUUUUUUUGACAUCUCCGGCGAUGUCCCGGAGAUUGAACCAAGCCUCGUUGCUCGAAAGACAUGAGCAAUGGAUGUCGCAACACGGACGCAUUUACGCGUCCGAUGCCGAAAAAGCCCUUCGUUUCAAGAUUUUCAACGAGAAUUUUGAGAUGAUUGAGGCAUUCAACAAGGCUGAAAACCGUUCCUACAGGUUGGCAAUGAACCCUUUUGGUGAUUUGACAAAUGAGGAGUUUAAAGCUACUCACAAUGGAUACUUGCCAAACCCAAAGCCAACAGGAUUCAACCCAAAUAGUAGUAAUUCAUUCAGGUAUGAAAAUUUUGAUUUAAAUUCAGCUCCAGAAAGCCUGGAUUGGAUAGCCAAGGGGGCAGUUACAGCAGUCAAGAAUCAGGGAAGUUGUGGAUCUUGUUGGGCGUUUUCAGCUGUGGCAGCAGUGGAAGGAAUUCACCAAAUAAAAACCGGAAAUCUGAUCUCAUUGUCCGAACAGGAACUUGUAGAUUGUAGUCGUGGAAAUUAUGGCUGCGGCGGAGGUUCCAAGAUUGAUGCAUUACAGUGGAUCGCUUCCAACAACGGCCUGAUGAGCGAAGCAAGCUACCGCUACGUUGGUGCCGACGGCAAAUGCAAAGCGAACGCGGACGAUAAUCCGGCCGCCGCCAUCAAAGGUUAUGAGCACGUGCCCUCGAACGACGAGGGCGCGCUCCUGGCCGCGGUGGCCAACCAACCGGUAUCGGUGUCCAUCGAUGCCGGUGAGGGGCACUUCCAGUUCUAUGAUCGAGGUGUUUUUACCGGCCCGUGUGGGAACCGGUUAAACCACGCGGUUACGGUGGUCGGUUAUGGGAAGAGUGAGGAAGGGAUGGAUUAUUGGUUGGUGAAGAACUCUUGGGGAGAGGGUUGGGGUGAAGGUGGAUACAUCCGGAUGCAAAGGAAUUAUGGUCCUGCUGGCCUUUGUGGUAUUGCAAUGAAACCUGCUUACCCCGUUGCCUAGGGUUGAAAAUUGCCUAAACAAACCACACUUAUAUAUCUUUUCAAAUUAAUUUACAGGGAUUUUGUUUAUCUUAUCUUAUGCACUUCUUUUAAAGGUUGUUGGAUCGAUCAUAAUUACUUCAGUUCCAUAUAUGAACGUCUAGUUGAGUUUAUGUUAUUUCCUAUAAACAAUUUGUGAUCUCUGCCUGGAUAUAGAUGCAUAUCAGGCCACAAAUUUGUAUCAAAGCUCAGCUCAGUAUGCUGAAUUAGUAAUCUAAAAUCAUUUAAAAGAGAACGAUACAUUACAUCGUAUAGUUGGUGUUUUUUUUUUUGUGGGUGCAAGUGUAGUUUUUGCUUUUUGUACAAGAACCACGUAAUAAUUCUUAAUAAAGUGUGUAAACCACGUCCGAACUACUCCCGACUUGACCGAUCGAGUGGACUUCUUUUAAUUUUUGGGUCGUACUUAAGUUCCAAGUUCCAACUUUAGAUUUGUUUUAGGAACUAGUCGCAUAUUAAUUGCUUUCUCCC